UCUUUCCCCGCAGCUUCUGCUCCCUGACUCUAUCCCUCCCACAAAGAGAAAAGAAAAGAAAGAGAAGAGAAGUAAAGAGAGAAAGAGAUGGAGAAUGUGGGAGGAAACGGAAACGGUAACGUUAAAGGUAAUUAUUUGCCGUGGGAUUAUUGGGAGCUCGGGAGCAGUUCGUCGAGGCUGGACUGGAACGCCUUCCAUCCUCCUUUCGGCAGUGAGGAGGCGCAUCUGAUGAUGAUGUACCCUCCACCUCCUCCGCAGGGGAACAAUGCGCACCCCCUGCUGGGCUGUGGGGACGGCUCGCACGCGCCUGAUCCUCACCUCACGUGCCUCAAACUCGGGAAGCGGCACUACUUCGAGGACGGGGGAGCGACGGAGGAGCGACACGUGGCGGGGUUCCCGCUCGCCGGGAAGAGAGGGAGGGGUUACCCAUCGUCGUCGGGGGCGGCGCCGGUGCCGAGAUGCCAGGUGGAGGGGUGCCACGUGGCGUUACUGAAUGCGAAGGAUUACCACAGGCGGCACAAGGUGUGUGAGAUGCACUCCAAGGCGCCGCGCGUCGUGGUGUUGGGGAUCGAGCAAAGGUUCUGCCAGCAAUGCAGCAGGUUUCAUGUGGUGUCUGAGUUCGACGACUCGAAAAGGAGUUGUAGGAGGAGAUUAGCAGGUCAUAACGAGCGAAGGAGAAAGAGCUCGAACGACUCUAUCAUUACUAGAAAUGCUUCCCAAGAGAACAAAUUCAUGGAUGGAAGAUUUGCGUGCAUAUCAUCGGCGGCAACGGGAUGUGCUCUCUCUCUUCUGUCAUCCAAGAAUUCUUCUUGGGUUCCUUCCGCUGAUCUCUCCUCUCGAUCCAGCGCGGCCCUCCGCGAGCUCAUUGCUGAGAACCGCGCAGCCGUCCUUGCCAGGCAGCUGAUUUCAGAUCGUGGUUGGAACCAUGGGACGGAUGAGGCGAGCAGGGCCCAGGAGUUCCUUUCGAACAUCCCUCACCAGCACCAGGCGGGUCCUGGUGGGCCCGAAGCAUGCCGGCUGGUGUCCCAGUGGGACCACUUCCAUGAACCAGCAGUGCAUGUGACGUUGGAUCUGAUGCAGACACCAAACUCAACGUUCCAGAUCAUGUCUGGGAGGAGCAAGUCCAAGGAAGAGGAGGAAGGGUGUUGUGAGAUCUGGAAAUCAUUGGAGGGAACUCAUGUGGUUUAAAAUGUUUGGAAGUUGGCUGUUGAUUGCCCACCUUGAUCUGCCCGGGUGGAUCCUGACAUUUGCAGGCAUCUAGCUCGUUCUGUCCGUAGAUGGCCCUUCGUUGGAAAUAGCAUGGAACAGAUGAUCAUAACCAUCUGUUUCUCAUGUCGAAUUGUUGUUGAUCUUGACCGUCCAUUGUUUGGUAUGCUUUUCUGCAAAAGGCCAUUCCUGGCAAGGGCUCACUAAAUGGACGGUCUGGAUCUGCUGGAUAACCUGCCUAAGUAAUUUGAUGAAAAAUGCUCCUUUUCAUAAUCCAGCGCGGCAAAAGGCAUAAAAGACCUGCUGUUGUAUUUCGAUUUAGCAAUUUUAUCGUCUUUGUUUUAUUUUGAUCAUUUAUUUAGUAAUUUACUUACGUUGUUAAGUAGGGUUA